AUGCGGUAUUUGGCGCUGCUGAGCGUGUUUUUGCUGCUGCUGAGCGGCGCGUCGGCGCGGGGGAAGCAGCGGCCGUCCUCCAGCAGCAGCAGCAGCAGCAGCAAGAGCGACCCUGUGCUGCAGCGGCUGGCGGACGUGUUUGCUUCUGCGCUGCAGAAGAACCCGCAGCUGUCGCUGGGGGAGCUGCCCGGGGGGGCCCCCGAGGGGGCCCCCCUGCAGCAGCGGGCGCUGCAGCUGGCUGAGGCUGUGCUGCAGCUGGGGGGGGAGGAGCUGGCGCGGCGGCUGGGGGCGGACAGCUCGCUGUACAAGGAAGUUGCUGCUGCGCUGCAGCAGCAGCAGCAGGAAGGCAGCAGCGAGCUGCUGGGGUCGUUUAUGCGGCGCGCGUUCACCUGGCUGCUGCAGAAGCUGCCGCGGAAGGCCUCUUGUGCUGCAGUGAAGGAGCAGCAGCAGCAGCCGGAGGCGCGGCUGGGCCACAGCCCCCUGAAGCGCUUCGGCUACCCCGUCUUUGCUGCUGCCAGCCAAACUGUGCUGCUGCAGUCCCGCCUCCCCCUCAACCUCUUGAACAAAUUUCCCAUUCCAAUAACUGUUGGAGCUGAAGACUAUUGGGUCCAGGGGAGGCCCCGGCGGGUGUUGGAGUUCCUGGAUUGCUUCGGAGACUACAUGGCCAAGGCCGAGACUCUGUUCCCCGACGGCCACUGGCGGGUGAGUUCCCCCGAGGAGCUGCAGCACAGCAGCAGCAGCAGCAGCAGCAGCAGCAGCAGCAGCAGCGGGCGCUGGGGGCGGCCGCUGUACCUGCAGGUGCAGGGCACCAGCCACGUGGGGGAGGUGGCCGAGCUGCUGGGGCGCGCAGCGCUGGACAGAGUUUUGAAGAGUUUUGAUUUGCUGCUGCAUCGGAGAACAAAUUUAAAAGAUUUAAUUGAAGAAGCUCUCGACCCCGAUGGCAAUCCGCAGGACUUGCUGCUGGACCGGCUCUCGGGGCUCACCAACGCGCUGCCCACGGGCUCCAGCAGCAGCAGCAGCAGCAGCAGCAACAGCAGCAGCAGCAAGAGCAGCGCAGCAGAGGGCAUUGAGGCCAUUCUCGCGCUCAGCAAGUACAGCCGCCUCCCCGGCAAGUCCUUCGUGCAGCUGCUGCAGCAGCUGGCGGAGGCCGAGACUCUGCAGGAGAAGAUCGAAGUCUUCAGCCAGGCGCUGCAGCAGCAGGAAGCAGACGAGCAGCAGCAGCAGCAGCAGCAGCACGGCUGGACCAACGCCCAAGCUGUGCUGCAGCAAAAACGCAUUCUCUUAGUCCUCACGGCCUACCCAAAGCCAGACUCUUCUGUCCGCGCCACUUUCCGAAUGCCUUCUGCUGUGGUUUCGCUGCACGAAAUUGCUGACGCCCUCAGCCUCCUCGACUUCGAAUACAAGUAA